GCGCGGACAUCACAUUGUGUGCACGUUGGUAGUACGUCCCUGUGUACGCUGCUCACUGUCGUGCAGGUGUUUUGCAUAAGGGAGAUCCUCGCUUUCUCCAGACACUACCUGAAGUCAUGGCUGACCAGGUGGCCGCCAUGUGUGAUCAGCUUAUCAAAGCUCUGAAUGUGAUGAUGGAUGCAGAAACAGGACAAGUUUACCGGCUGGAGGCCCUAAAGUUUUGCGAGGAGUUUAAAGAGACCAGCUCCUUCUGUGUACCAUGUGCCUUGCAAUUGGCUGACAAAGCUCAGCCAGCUGUUGUAAGACACUUUGGUUUGCAAAUCCUGGAACACGUAAUCAAGUUCAGAUGGAACAACAUGCCACAACAAGAGAAGGUCCAGUUGAAGGAAUGUGCCAUGCACCUGUUAUCAACUGGUACUCAUUCUAUCCUAGAGGAGGAAAGCCACAUCAAAGAUGGCCUGUCAAGAAUCACUGUUGAAAUGAUAAAGAGAGAAUGGCCUCAACAUUGGCCAGACAUGCUGAAAGAGAUGGAGGCUCUCACUAGCAAUGGGGAGGCUCAGACAGAGUUGGUGAUGUUGAUCCUGCUGAGACUGGCGGAGGAUGUGAUCACGUUCCAGACGUUGCCAACCCAGCGACGCAGAGACAUCCAGCAGACCCUCACCCAAAACAUGGAAAGCAUCUUCAGCUUCAUGAUGGCCAUUCUGCAUCUUAAUGUGGAGGAAUACCGCAAACUGAAAGGGUCUCCCGAACAUGAGCUGCAGGCCAGGGCUCACUGCAGAGUUGCCGUGGCGACGCUGAAUACACUUGCAGGCUACAUAGACUGGGUGUCUCUGGUGUACAUCACCUCCGGAAACUGUCAUCUGCUGGAAAUGUUGUGUUUACUGCUGAGUGAACCGGAGCUGCAGCUGGAAGCAGCCGAGUGUCUGCUCAUCGCUAUCAGUCGGAAGGUGAGUUGCAGAGAAAACACAGGAAUGAAAGGCCCUUGGAGACUGUAG